GCGGUUGCGCCGCCCGGCGGGAAGGGGGAAGUUUCAAAGCUGGUUUGUGGACCUGGUUGCUGCCGCUUGGGCGACAUGAAGCUGCACUGUGAGGUGGAGGUGAUCAGUCGGCACCUGCCGGCCUUGGGCUUGAGGAACAGAGGCAAGGGCGUCCGAGCGGUGUUGGUCCUCUGUCAGCAGACGCCCAAAAGUCAACCGUGGCCUCAGGCUGGGGGCGAGCGGGGCGGCCCGCGCCCCGCCUGCCUGCUCAUCUCCACCCUGAAGGACAAGCACGGGACCCGCUAUGAGCUAAAGGAGAAUAUUGAGCAGUUCUUCACUAAAUUUGUGGAUGAGGGGAAAGCCACUGUGCGGUUGAAGACGCCUCCUGUGGAUAUCUGUCUGAGUAAGGCCAAUUCCAUCAGUUUGAAGAGUUUCCUUUCAGCUGUGAGACUGGCUCAUAGAGGCUGUGAUGUGGAGGCACCACUCUCGGCCCUCGCACCAGUAAAGACUUCAGAAUUUGAAAAAUUUAAAACUAAAAUGGUUAUCACAUCCAAAAAGGACUAUCCUCUAAGCAAGAACUUCCCAUAUUAUCUGGAACAUCUUCAGACUUCUUAUUGUGGGCUUGUCCGAGUUGAUAUGCGUAUGCUUUGCUUAAAAAACCUUAGGAAACUAGACUUGAGUCACAACCAUAUAAAAAAACUUCCAGCUACAAUUGGAGACCUCAUCUACCUUCAAGAACUUAAUCUGAGUGACAAUCACUUGGAGUCAUUUAGUGUAGCCUUGUGUCACUCUACACUCCAGAAGUCACUUCGGAGUUUGGAUCUCAGCAAGAACAAAAUUAAGGCUCUCCCUGUACAGUUUUGUCAGCUCCGAGAACUGAUAGAUUUAAAACUUGACUGUAAUGAAUUGAUUCGAUUUCCUUUCAAGAUAGGACAACUGACAAACCUGCGAUUUUUGUCAGCAGCUCAAAAUAAGCUUCCAUUUUUGCCUAGUGAAUUUAAAAAUUUAUCCCUCGAGUACUUGGAUCUUUUCGGAAAUACUUUUGAACAGCCAAAAGUUCUUCCAGUUAUAAUGUUGCAAAUGCCAUUAACUUUAUUGGAAUCUUCUGCGCGAACCAUAUUACAUAACAGGAUUCCAUAUGGCUCUCAUAUCAUUCCUUUCCAUCUUUGCCAAGAUUUGGAUACUGCAAAAACCUGUGUUUGUGGAAGAUUCUGUUUAAGCUGUUUUACUCAAGGAACUACCAGCAUGAAUCUACACUCCGUUGCUCACACUGUGGUCUUAGUAGAUAAUAUGGGUGGCACUGAAGCACCUGUUAUCUCUUACUUCUGUUCUCUAGGCUGUUACAUAAAUUCCUGUGAUAUGUUAAAGUAAAGGUGAUACCUAUUACUGAUGCCACAAAAGGAAAUUACAUUUAGUUACAAAUUGGUUUGGGAUUCAUUUAUGCUUUAACAGUGUCAUAUUGGAGGAAGGGAAGCUUUUUUGUACACACACUUGGGGGAAAGAAUGUGUUUUUUUAGCGUUUUCAAUAAUUUGACUGUAAAACCUGAAUUUUACUAAAACUUAAUUUUGUUGUGGGGUUAACUUUUAUCAGUUUAUUGCAUGUGUGUUGAUUUCAGCCUAGUGUUUCAAGAAUGGGUUGUGGAUUGUCUUUUAAUGUUAAACAGUUACUGACUGAUACCAAUCACUCUGGUCAUAGAAUUUUCUUGUCAACUUUCUUCUUAUAUUUCAGUGAAAGAAUUUGAGUUUCUAUAUGCAGAACAUAUACCUUGGAAGACUACUGUGGUCUAAAUUAUAGUGAACUUGUUUGGUAUGAAAUUGCAUACCACGUUUCCCUGAAAAUAAGACCUAG